AGUGCAGUGCACUGGCCGCUUCGCGAUGCGUCUAAUUUUCUGUUCUUGUCGACGUCGACGCUAGCGUUCGUCUUCGCCACCGCGCCGCGCGUCUGCACCUGUUGGCUGUUGGCGAACAACCGGCUCUCUGAAGAUGUCCCGAAAACCAUUGCUGGAUUCUGUAGACAGCAGGAAAAAAAGACUCUCCGCCGUUAUAUUUAACCAGUGCUUAUGAAAAGACUGUUCCUCGACGUCAAUUUUUUUAAAUUUUCGAUUCUUGCUCAAGAUAGUUAAAAUUGAUUCUUCCAUUAGAAAAAUAAGUUUCAAAAUGUUCUACCAAUCUAUCGAGAACACCUUUCGACAUAUGAGGGUUUGUUGCCAAUUGGCAGGAAUUUUCUUCUGACGAGUGAAGUUGGUGAUGAUCUGCAGACAUCAUGACGAUGUGGCAAAGUGGGAUGGGGGGCCACGGGGGGAAGAACAACGCUUGGAUGAAACUCAUGGGCAUUGUCCACAAAGAGAGGCGUCAUCAUGAUUCAGGGCCUGCUUCUACUGAUAGGACUUUGAGCCAGUCGCUGCCCAAGCUCAGCAGCCAGGAAGAGGACGGGCACACCCCCCACACUCAAUUUACUGGUGUAGCCCAUUUUGAGCCUAUCCCGCAUGAUCACGAUUUUUGUGAGAGGGUUGUGAUAAACGUCAGCGGCCUCCGGUUCGAAACGCAACUGAGGACGCUAAACCAGUUUCCCGAUACUCUACUGGGUGAUCCAGCACGUCGUAUCCGUUAUUUCGACCCCCUUCGCAAUGAAUACUUCUUCGACAGAAAUCGCCCAUCCUUCGACGCCAUCCUUUAUUACUACCAGAGUGGAGGCCGUUUACGUAGGCCCGUUAACGUACCACUCGACGUAUUUUCUGAAGAAAUCAAAUUCUAUGAGCUGGGGGAAUUGGCAAUCAACAAAUUUAGGGAAGAUGAAGGGUUCAUCAAAGAAGAGGAAAAGCCUUUGCCAUCUCACGAGUUUCAGCGUAACGUAUGGCUGCUGUUCGAAUAUCCAGAAUCGUCCCAGGCGGCGAGAGUGGUUGCCAUCAUAUCAGUUUUCGUUAUCCUUUUGUCCAUCGUCAUUUUUUGCCUGGAAACGCUGCCUGAAUUCAAGCACUACAAAGUGUUCAAUACAACUACCAACGGCACCAAGAUAGAAGAGGACGAAGUGCCCGAUAUUACGGACCCGUUCUUCCUCAUCGAAACCAUUUGCAUUAUUUGGUUUACGUUCGAAUUAUCCGUGCGCUUCCUUGCGUGUCCUAAUAAGUUACAUUUUUUUCGAGACGUUAUGAAUUUUAUCGAUAUUAUCGCCAUCAUUCCGUAUUUUAUUACUUUGGCUACUGUCGUGGCGGAAGAAGAAGAUACUCUGAAUUUACCGCGUGCACCUGUCAGCCCGCAAGACAAGAGCACCAAUCAGGCCAUGUCGUUGGCCAUUCUGCGUGUUAUUCGACUUGUGCGAGUCUUCCGAAUCUUCAAACUCAGCCGGCACAGCAAAGGACUCCAAAUUCUCGGACGAACACUUAAGGCCAGCAUGCGCGAAUUAGGCUUGCUCAUAUUCUUUUUGUUUAUAGGUGUCGUGCUGUUCUCUAGUGCUGUCUACUUCGCAGAAGCCGGUUCCGAGAAUUCCUUCUUCAAGUCUAUCCCAGACGCGUUCUGGUGGGCAGUGGUCACCAUGACGACCGUGGGCUACGGCGACAUGACGCCAGUUGGAGUCUGGGGGAAGAUCGUGGGAUCACUUUGUGCGAUUGCUGGUGUUCUAACCAUUGCAUUGCCAGUGCCUGUUAUAGUGUCAAAUUUCAAUUACUUCUAUCAUCGUGAAACGGAUCAAGAGGAAAUGCAGUCGCAGAACUUCAAUCAUGUGACGAGCUGCCCAUACUUGCCAGGCACUCUGGGACAGCAUAUGAAGAAAAGUUCGUUAAGUGAGUCUUCGAGUGACUUGGUCGAACUAGAAGAGGGACUGAUGGUGACACGUGAUCAACUGUCCCAAAAACAGAACUGCAAUCCGCGUCACAACAACAACAUCAACGCCAUGAGCAUCGAGACUGAUGUUUGACUACGAGUGACGGAUACGCUGCGCCUAGAACCGCCAGGCUUUAUUUCCCGUUGCCCAAGCUGCUGUCCCUUACGCGACAUUCGACAUCCAUUCUUUCCAUUCUUGCCUUCUCUUCCAUCGUUAUCUGCUUCAUCAGACGCAGAAUCAAUUAUAACAUCAAGAGCUACAAACCGAAGAAGAAGAAGAAGGAGGAGGAGGAGGAGAAGGAGAAGACGAAGACGAGUAAUAGAAGCAACAACUCGCGUAAUAUUACCUUCAAGAUUUAGAAUCACUUAUCGCGAGUGUUUGUGCGCAGUGAUCCGUACAUUAUUUGGACUGUUACAUAAAAUUCCUAGAACCUUUACUCGGUACUUUUGUACAAGCAUUACGAUUGUUUUUGGGUGAGAUAUCCUGCCAAAAAAUAUUACAUAAUUACAUAAUAAAUACCUAUAGAUAAUAAAUAAUUUUUAAUGAUAACGAUUGAGUAACAUCACUAUUUGGCUAUCGGCGAAAAAAUAUUUGUUUUUUUGCAGAUGUGGUUCACAAUCACACCUAUUAUAGCAGACAGACAUAUUUAAUAAAAAUUAAUCCACGGUAAUCCAAUCAAACUAACCACAAAUCUAUUUAUAAACAUCAUAUUCAUGAUAACAAUAUAUUUAUUUAAAUUUUAUUUCUUUAUUUAAACUUAUUUUUAUACGGAGGUUCAUUUGAACUCAGUUGCUUCUACUUGCAAAAUAAUGAUUCCAAUUAAAUCACUAAACAAAUUUUCUCAUAAGCAGUACCUACUAAAAAGUAUGAUAACUUCUAGAACCAUUUGUUGGUAAUAAAAGUAUGUCUAUUUUCACAUUUUUCAAAUUGUUAACGUGUACUUAUUAUUACUUAUAAGUAUCACGUACCGAUAUGAACAUUGUUCAUAUUUAUUAUUUAUAAUAAUGCUAGGGUCACGAUUUAAAAAAAAUACGUUAAAUACUUCCUAUCUUUCGAAUUUGGUAACGACAAUGUCAAUUCUUACAACAAAGCAAGGACGGUCCCAGUAGCUAGAACAAGUACUAAAACUAGUAAUUGAUGUAAAUUUGAGUUUUUUCAAGUUGUUACACACAUUUUAGUGUUUUGGAAUGAUUGAAUAAAAUAGCAACGGUUGUUGUAUUAGAUUAGAUCUUUUCUUUCCGCAUUUUGAGUAUGUGAAGAAUUAUCUAAUAUUGUAUAUGAAUAGACUAGUAUUGGAAAAUUUGUUGAGUUCAACAAUUGACAUCCCGUAGAAAAACACGCGAUGCUUCAUUGGUUUUAUUGGCCAAGUAAGAUCAAUAACAUCUUGCACAAAUUUCAUGAGGUCCAACGAGAUACUAUGCCUCUGCUAUUUUGAAUUAAAUUCCUAUUUAACUGAAAUCAACUCUCCUGUCUAGACGUGUCCAGUCCCCUAGAAUCUGAUUCUAUUCUAUUUACUGAAAGACUUACUUGAUCUAGUACUAAAUAAUUAAGAUUACAUAGUUUCAUUAACUAAAUUAUACCUACUGCUUUCAGUACUUUCACUGGUUAAUGAAGCCGUGUAAAUCCUUCUCAAGAGUAAGGAGAUUUGAAUUUGUGAGAACAAAUGGACGCAACUUGGAGGGAUUUUUUCACAUUGUUCAAUAUAUUACUAAGCACGUUACUAACUUUACUUAAUCUUAUUUUAUCUCGUGGACUUUUCUGCAUUUCUUUGUUCGUUUCUAAAGCUACUUUCUAUUCUUCUGCAAAUUGUUUCAAAUAACACAGAAAGUUUGGCCUGUGAUAUAUUCUGUAUUCUAAUGUUAAAUGGUAUUGUUUAUACCAGUUUCGUACAAUAUGAUGUACUUUAGUUUCAACGUCAUCCUAACAGUUAACUGCGCAAUCUAAAGAUUGCAGUAAAAACAAGAAAAUAAAGGAUUUAGCUAAUCGAAACAAUCAGAUUCACUCAGAAUAUUCUGUCUCAUAUCUAUUCUUCACCACUUUCUUCGGUCUAUUAAUUAUUAAUUAAUUAAUAAUUAAUUAUUAAUAUAAACAUAUUUUCUUUGGGUGCCCUCUUUUUCUUUUCUCUCCUUCUCCUCCCUCCAGCACCAUUUCCGCAAAUUUCGGCUGUAAUCACCUUGCUCUUUGUGUUCUAAAUAUUUGGGCUAUUCUAGGCUUCUUAAAUAUCAUCAUCAGUUCUGUGUUCUCUUCUCCAGAUUCCUUAUGCCAUUUUGACACCGCCAUAUAUUUUCCUUAGAAUUUCUCUUUCCAUAUUUCUAGUUUACUCUUGUAUUUUUUUGACAUUAUCCAUGUUUCUCAUACAAUAAGAUUUUUUGCCCUCAGUAUUUUGGAUAACGAUACUACCACUCUGUUACUAUUCAUUCUCAUCUACCUAAUUUUUUUCUAGAUUUGUAGAUGUUACAGUAACUCCUAGAAAAUCAACUUAUAUCAAAUUAUCUUUGUUUCCACUUGUUAUCCAUUUAGUAUAUUUGCUAGUUGCUCCCAUCUAUGACCUCAGAGCGCAUCUCCAUUUAUUUAGUUUUCUCUUAAUUUAUUUGUAAGCUAAAAUUACUAAUAACCUAUUUCAUUUUUCUCUUCGAUCUUGUUAGUUGCACUAUGUCAUCGGCAUAUGCAAUGCACUGUGCAUUAUGGUGAAAGAUGGAGUCUGUUAUUUUUAUGUUAUUUUGUCUCAUCUCUAUUUCUAAUAUAUUAAAUCAUUUCGUAAAAAGAAUAUAUCCUCUUCUAUUAUUUCUAUUAUUUGAAUUGGUCAAUGUCAUUUUAAUGAGAAUUCUCAAGUUUUUGGUAUUCCUACCUUUUCAAAUGCCUUAUCCAGUUUAUUUUAUAAUAUGGAAUAUACAGAAUCACAAAGUAGCGUCUGUCAUUUUAACUAAAUUUAUUUUAUUAGAAGGAAUGUUGAAUGCAGAAAAUUAUUAUUGAACAGAUACCAGAAACGACUGAAAAUUCACAGAUUAGUAUUAACAUUUUCCAAUCUGUUACUUUUAAAAAUUAUAUUAUAUUAAGCAUAACCUAAAAUAGAAGCAUAUAGAAAAUAAUGACAUGAAACAAAUCUUAACGUUCUGUUAUCGCUGUGAUAAACUAUCUACCAGCCGUCGAUAAAAAAUUUUUAUCAAUUCUUUAAACAUUUUAUUACAUUUCUUAACUUCAGAUUAUAUAUAAUUAUAUUCUUGUGGACAUCAUUAAUUUCACAGAUGAAGUCUGUAAUAUAUAUUCUAUAUAUUUUAGAAGAUAGGAAAAUUAUGGAAACAAUAUAUUUGCACAAAAUUCAUGGAGUAUUUUAUUCAUUAUUCUCGUAAUUAGCAUGAAAAAAUAAGAAAGAAAAAAUUAAUUGGAGAUUAAAAUAUAUAAUUUCCAUUUGAAAUGUUAAUUUUAAAUAUCUGACUUACCAAGCUCCCCGACACUUGCGACAAUAUGUAAGUACUGACUCUGGCAAAAUAAAAACAAUAAGAAGCUGUAGGUCGAUGAAGCUCAUUAUAAUUGUUUUAUUCAUGAGUCCCACUAUCUACCCUGAGAGACUAAUUGACUAUUUAAAACUUAUGGAAAAGCUUAUUCAUGUUUGUAUAUUUUGCAUUGUAAAUUCCAAUUUUAAAUUAAAAAACUAAUUUUUAUUAUUCUUCAAACAAUAGCUGCUGAAAAUGUUUUAUUGCAUUUAAUCAACAACUUUAUACAGGUCAAAGCACUGAUUAGUUCGAAUCAGAGGAAAAUAUAAUUUCACUUUAUAAUAGUAAGUUAUAAUAGGUGUUUGAAAUGUAAUUUGCUAAAAAGGUUCUUAAUCUCAAUUUCUGAUUUGCUUCAAAAUAUUUUUGAUAGUAUUAUUGCCGAAUAAAAUAUUUCUGAUUAUGUUUAGAAAUGUGUCUUGUCUGCUACAAAUUCAUCUCAUAGAUCAGUUUUUGUUAAAAAGUACAGUAUACCGCCACCACUACUAAAUAAAUUCCUAAAGUUGAACCGAAAUCAACUGUAAUGUCUAAUUUGUGAAAUUGAACCAUGUCAGCAAUAAAUACGUCAUGUCGAUAGCUAGUUAGCCCGCCAGAUGGCGUUUGCGAUGAAAGCUGUGUAGUGCUCACACCGAACUUUUCAUUAGUUACCAGCACUGUUUUAAGUGCUUGUAUUUUUGGGCUGUGUGAAGCUUAAUACCUAGGGUUGGAUUAGCUUUAGCCCUUGUUACAUAUCCACCCGCGUAGACGAUAUGGCCGCGCGUGUGCCCCCGUAGAGCGCCAUUUUUUGUAGUUUUGAAAUUUCUAUUUAAUCGAAAUGACAAAUAAUUAAUUCAUAUUAAAUUGGCUGAAUUUUGUGAUUAACUAAAUUAAAAUUUAUUUUCAAUAUUUCAAAUACUGAAGUUACAAUUUAUAUGAAAGAUAAUUUAAUAGAAUUUGUUCGGCUUUUAAAAAGGUAAUAACAAUAACUUCUCGAGAAUAUCAGACAUAUUCGUAUGUUUAGAUUGUAGCCUUCACUUUCCAAUAAACUAAGACAUUACGCAUCAAAAAAAUCACAAUAUUCUAAUUCUGCAAUAACAAGGCUUCGAAUAUUAUCUCAAUUUUUUCGAGCAUCAGUGAAUGAGGAACAAUAUUCAUGAAAAAUAUUCAAAACACCGUAUAUCAAACUUUUUACCAUUCCUUUCAUGCAUAAUCACAAUCACACACCGAACAUUGCCUUUUAAAUGUCCAAGUGAAUGUGCUGUUACAGGAGUGAGGAAUUCCUAGUACAUUGUUACUUAGAAUGUUGUUUUUUUUGAUAAUUUUGGCCGAUUUCGACAACUCAUUCAAAUUUGAUACGAUUCGAAUGGCAUUCGCGUCAAUCGAUUUGACAUGAAGGUGAACAUAACUCCCUCACUCACAGCAUUUUUAAAGAAACCUUCUCUGUUUGUUACGUAUUACACAUAAAUCAUUGUUCAAACUUUCUCUGUACCCAGAUGGAGCCACAGAAACGAUUUCGUGUUCUAUUUGUGAAUCGAUAUUCACAUGAUAUAGAUACUUUUUAAUCAAUUGAAGCUGAUGUUGAUAUAAUCUUCAUAUACCUGUUUCUCUAAAAACAAAAUACUUACACCAUAUAGUUUCAUAGACUGCUACUCAAAUUCUCCCCAUCAAAUGGAAAAUUGCAAAACAUCUAAUCGCUUCUUUAAGAACGAGAUUCUAAUUUUUCGUAAACCGUUUUAUAUUCGUGUAUUCCUAUUAUUUUUACAUUUUUUGCAUUUCAAUUAUCGAAAGAAAAAAGAAAUAUUACUUUUAGAUUCUUUUUUUGAAAAUUUGGAUAUUCAAAAGGAACAGAAUUCAUUUCAAAUUCGUAUAAAACAAUUAUAAUUUAUUUCAAUCCUUGUAAGAGAUUCUAAAGCUAUUUAAAUUGAUUGGUCUAUUGAAAUUUUCGAAAUAAUUUGAAUCAGUGAAGUUUUUUAUUCAACUAGUGAGCUUUUCACUAUCCAUAUUCAUAUCCAAUAUGGAAAUUCACUAAAUUUAUAGCAAAUAUGGAAACAGAGAAAAUAAUGAAAUUAUUAAAGAAUGAGUGGAUAAAUAUUACAUGUGGUAACGAUAUCAGAAAGUAGGAAAGACAAGCUAAGAACGUUGAACUGAAACCAAAAAUGUAUAAUAAAAGGUUUACAUAACACAAAUAUACAACAGGUCAAAUAGAGGCUAUAAUUUUUUAUGUCGAACAAAAAAUCACAAAUAUUUCGAUACAACAUUGGAAGUCAUGUAUGGGAAAAAGAACAAGAUGAAAUGAUAUUAAUUAUAUAAUAUAAGAACCAUAAUUCAAACAUUUCUGGGCUUAUAUACUCAUUUUGGUUAUGAAAUAAUAAAUAUAAAAUAACUCUAGAUUCUAUGGAAAACUAAAACAGAAUGCGCUAAUCAGAUUAGAAACAUAUAUUUUUUGUUAGUAUUCUAACCGAAAAAUUCCAAAUUCAACGGUUUCUAUCAAUGUAGAAAUAUUUAUCAUGAAGAUUCUCAUUGUAUAUAAUUUUAUAGAGGAAAUGAUUAAAAGAAAGUGCAGGAUAAACAACGAUUAAACUUGGCAACCGUGUACUACCGUCUUUAUGUUCUGCAGAACUGGAAGAUCAAUAAAUUCCAACUCAAACCACACUGAGAAAAAUAACAUGAAACUAUCGUUACCAUCAAUAAAAUGUGAAUUUAACAACAUAUCCAGAUAUAAAGACAAAUUGAAUCAAAACCUUGAUAAAAGUAUCAACUGACAAACUGAUAUAUACGUAUUGUAUAAAGUUCUAUAAUUUUUGAAGAGGAUUUAUUUCUAAAUGUACUCGUAUCGCUAGUUCCACUUAGGUAGACAUUUAAUUCAUCUACUUAUUACUAUUAUCUAUACCACGAGCUUACCAUUCCAUCAUAAUUUGGACACAAUUCAGCAUAAUCGAUUUAUAGAAGCCAGAACUGCUAAAUUAUUUAAAUAUGGAAAAAAAUACCGUAUAAUAAUUGGUGCCAAAGACAUAUUGAUCCAUGAAAGGAAUAAUAAAACAAUUGAAAACAGAAGUAAAUUCUGUUUUGUUCGUAGUGAACGUCAAUAUUAUUGAUGUGCAGAAUUUGUAUUUGGAAAUCAACGGUGAAAAAAAUAUGAACCUCAUAGAGAAAAUAACAAUUGUAGUCUUAGGAUUUAACUUGUUCCUCGAAGAAGUUGCUUUAACUAGUCUAUACUCGUUUCUUUACUAGUUUGAUUUAAUGUUGAAUAAAUUUUUUUAACAAAAUAUGCUUUUUACUACUUGCUUUCAAACUCUGGCUUUACUGGCUUUUGUUGAGGGCUAUAAAUUAUUAAUUAUAAAUCUAAAUAGAAAAAUAGAGAGCUUGAUUAGAAGUAGGUCUGAAUCCAUUUGGCAGAUUUCAUUUGUUGCUUCCAAAAUAAUUUCAAAACAAAUUUCUCUCGAUACGUAAAAAACGUUUUAUCUUUUAAAAAAUGUGACAAAUUUGAAACAAUUAGGAAGAUUAAAAUUUUCUCUAAUGCUAAGCACGGAUUUUAUCAUCAAUAUUUGGAACACCAAGUUGAUAUCUUAUUCGCUUGAGAGAUCAUGAAAAUGAACUAGCAAUAUAUUUUCUGACGCCUUGGAUUAUUUUUUUCUCAUGCCAUUUUUAUAUGGAAUGUAUAAAGUGUAAGUAUUUUUCUGGUAAUAGUCUCCCUUCCUUGACUUGAACUAUGAUUUCAGGAGAAGUACAACCAGUAGAAUUUCACAUAUUUUAUUCAAAUUCUUCAGUUCAAAAAAUAUUUUUACCAGUAGUGAAAAAAAUGUUGUAUGACUCAAGAGCCCAUGGUUGAGAAGUGUAUCAAUGUCUCAGAACUAUUACUUUUCUACCUCAGCGCAUAAUUUUUGUCCCAUAUUUGUUAAAAGUCAAAUAAUUAACACAUUUAUUCAUCCAAAAGAUUUUCAUGACGAGUCUUGUAUGUACUCGAUACAAGGUAAAGUAGUCUAUAUUCAUAUACACUGGUUGAUUCGAUCGCUAACAACUUAUUUUAUGUCAGUGGUAUACUUUUAACACAGAAAUUGACAUUUUAGUUCAUAAAUAAAAAAAUAUCUGAUAAGUAGAACCCGAUAUGGAUCCGUAAGCAUGCAUCUGAUAUACCUUUGGUUAGUAAAACAUUGGUUUUCUUCAACAGACAUAGAUUCUUUUUCCAGCAUUACUUUCGCCAUACGAAUUUGAUUGUUAAUAAUUCCAAUGGUUUCAGUUUUAUUCGAAAAUAUGUUCAUCAAGCAAUAGGGUCGAAAUAAGAGCUCACGGCCAAUUUCUCCAUCUGCUUCAAAGUUCUUCACUAAUAAGUAUUAUAAUUUCUCUUCUGGAUUCCCUUUAUCUAUCAACGCUUAUGGCUUCACAAUGCUCCUAAUUUUCUUUCAAGUCCAUAUCAAACAUAUGGACUCCGUAUAAAAAAUACAUAUUUUUUUCAUUAUUUUGCGAUAAAAUUAUACCACACAUGGGGAACGGAAACUGAACAACAUAUAUCAUAUAUAUCAUUAAAUAAAUCUGUUCCUCAGGUUACAAUGAUAAUAGGUAUUGCGGGAGCCUACAGGAAGGCUGAACUGACGUUCCUACGAAAAGGAGACAUAUUUGAUGAAGGCACCUUCUUAAAAAUUACAAUUCCAGAAAGCAAAUUUGUCACUGUUACUGCUGGAAAUAUUGCUGGGGUCAAUGUUAUUGACCUCCUCAAAAAGUAUAGAAAUAUUAGACCUCCUGCUGUCAGGCAAGCCAGCUUUUUUGUGCGGUAUUAUAUUGUAAAAUGUGGCAUACAACCCGUCAGCAUAAAUAUCAUUGGAAAAUUACCAGCAAAAGUUGUUCAGUACCUGGGUCUACCUAUUGUUAAACGAUACACAGGACAUUGUUUCAGACGCUCGUCAGCGUCUCUCCGGGCAGAAUCAGGUGCGGACAUUCUGAAAAUAAAGCAACACGGAGGAUUGAAAUCUAACAGAGUAGCCGAAAAUUAUAUUUAGAGUUCAUUAGAAAAUAACGGAAGAACUUCAGAAAACACUGGACAAGAAGUUCAAGAGAAUAUUCACCAAGAAAAUAGACUUACUUUAAAUAAUUGUGUUUUUAAUAACGUUGUCGUCAAUGUUUAUAAACCUUAAAAUAGUAGUGAAUUUAAAUAAUGAGUUAAUUGUCAGUUCAAACAAUGAAAUAUUUGUCAGUUUUUACAGUAAUUAAGAAAUUAUUAUUUGAAAAUUGAAUAGUUACGUAAAGUCUUUACAUAACUAGUUUUCAUAAUUAAUAUACGAAGGUUAUGAAAAAUUUUUAGCGGAAUUAGAUAAAAAAAUUAUUUAACAUUCAAAAGGCUCGAACAAAAACGUUACUACUUACUGCAUAUAUAUUGAAACACAACUUACAACUACUUCUAAUUAAAUUUUUUAUUGUCGCUAUUUGAAAUUUUGAAUUAGAUUUAUAAUACGUACAAAAAAGGAAGCAAUGGACAAUUUGAAUUAUUCAUAACUACAUGGUAUAUGGAGAAUUAUAAAUUUUGCUCAUAUUUCCUAGAACAAUUUUAGGUAAUGAAAUUAUUCAUACCUACAUGGUAUAUGGAGAAUUAUAUAUUUUGCUCAUAUUUCCUAGAACUAUUUUAGGUAAUGACAUUUCCAUUUUUACUUAGAAGUAAAUUUGGAAUAAAAGAUGUGAAUGCUAGUAUAUCAAUCAUAUUAAAUAAAAAAAAAACAGAACGCGACAUCAAAAUAAGUCUCUCCUUUGUACUAUACAUAUACAAGGAUUGUCCCACCAAUUAUCCAAAUAAUAUUGAAAUUAAACUAAAAUUAAAUAUUUUCUAAAUGUAAAAUACUUUUCUUCUCGGCUUAAGCUGAUGCUUUUUUAUGGGAUUAAGUCUUCUUGUUCUUUCUCAAUCAUUUUUUCAUACUUUUCUAUACCUGGUUACUCUUUUCUCAUUCUUCUUUUCUUUAAUUUCUAUAUUUGACAAAUUCUAUUGAACCCAUUUUUGAAUAGAUCCGGUGCGUUUCCUUUUUCAAAGCUUAAGAUUUACAUGUUUAGGUGAGAGAAUCAAAGUUUAUAUGUGUUUUUAGGAAUGAUAAAAUAUGGUGUAAUGUUGGUAUUUCUGUGAGAUAUAAGUGAUGAGAAGAGGCAGAAAAUUUAGUUGAAUAAGACAAUGAUAACUACUGGGAUAUAUAGGAAAAACAUUAUUAUCGUAGCUUUUUUGACAGUUCUUUUGUCGCGGUUUUCUGUACGCUUUUUUCUUGAUUCAUUUAUUCAAAUAUUUUCCUAUGUAAGUGUUGUUGGUUAGCCUGAUACCUGAACAUUGGAUUGGGACAGUUUUUCUAUGAUUUGUUCCUCUAUUAAUCAAAUUUAUUGCAUUUCUAAUCUUCUCUUUGUUUUUCAAAUUAUUCUUCCACCUCUAUUUGGUGUUAACUGUAUUUUCUUAUCUCAUUCUCAUUAUCUAUGUCAAAUGAAAUAUUUCUUUUGCAUUUUAUUAACUUAAAUUGAACUAAAAAUAUUAAUAUUAACUAAAAAUAAAAAAUGGAAUCAUAGAGACAUUAUCAAUCUUUUUCUUAGGAAAUACUUGGGGCGUAUAAAACAUGCUACUAAUUUUUCAAAGAAGUUUAUUGUAUUAAUUUUCCAUUUUUUAAAAUUUAAUCUAUUUCUCACUUGCUGAUCCUAUCGUUAUUGUAUUUAUUCUUAUCCAACAAUAUUUUUUUGCAAUAUUACACAAGAAAUGUUUCAAAAAGCCAAUUAUAUUAUGUAUAAAAAUUAGAAAUUAUGUGGGCAGUUAUUUAUAAUAUCACAUUGUACAUAUAUUAUAAUCGAUACAAGCAAAUUUUCAUAUAAAAAGAUUGUGAUAUCGCAAGUUUUGAAAACAUUGUCCUGCUUGAACACAGUAGGUACCUAGUUCUUCUUACUAUCUAUAUUUAUAUAUACUCUAAUCUAAUUUUUUUGGACUUUUAAGCAUCUGCUCUAUUAGAAAAUUCAUAGGAUCAAGAUAGUAAAUACUAUUACUAAACUUUUUUGGCGUGUAGCAUUCUUUAUAAUAAUAGCUUCGUUAGAAAUAGAUCAAAAUGGUAAACUUUGAGAAAUUAAUCUAGAAAUAAUAGUGUACUUACAUAGAAUAAAAAUGAAUUGUUAUCGUGAUACCAGAAAAAUAGAAUGUCGAUUUAUAUAAUCUAAUAAUUUCGCAAUCAAGAUUUAUUGAAGUCUUAAUUCAAACUCAGUUUUAACUAACACCACCGCUGUUACAACAUUAGAGUUAUAUCAAGCCUAUAUUUAAACAAUUCCUCUUAGGAGAGACUAGGUAUACCAUGUUAAUUAGAAUUAAUAAAAAGCAAAGAAUAUGCUACUUUUUGACAUACUUAGGGAAUUCUAACUUAUUUUAUUCUAUAAUUUCAACAAUUUGAAUUAUUCAAUUCAAACGAACGGUAACUGAUAAGAAAUUUGGGAAAUUUGCAAAUUCAUAGUUAAAAAACUAAAUUAACGAACAGAAACUUCGAAGUAUGACUUUCCAUAUUUAACUAAUUACUAGAAUAAUUUUACAGCUUAUUAUAAGGAAUAAGUAAUAAUCAUAAAUCAUAGUAAUUCGGGUAAUAGAAUUAGAAUUGAAUCAACUCCAACAGUUGAAAGAGGAUUUGUUAACUUUGUCACAGUAAUGAACAGUUUCCUCCUGGCAUAGCAUAAGAUAUCGGAGGAAAGACUGAAAAAGAUUUACAACGUGGAAAUUAUAGGUGUGUACAAAUUUGAAGUUCGUGGAACAACAAUAUUCAUGUAAUCAGAUAAUACAGUGACAUGUAGGUAACUCAUUGAUGUUUGUUUUAUGAUCCAUCUUCUUCAGAUAGGGCAACCUCUCACGUCUCUUAUUGUUGAUCCUACAAUGUUUUUAUUACAUCCAUCAAGUAAGUACUAUACUGUUUGAUAAAUUUAGGUUGUUUUGUUUUGUAAGGUGGGAUAUAUGAUGAGGUCUAAAAGAAAAGCGUUUUCAAUCUAAAAUUAACAGUUUUUUUUUCAAUUCUCUCAGGUAAAGAACUUUAAAUUAACCUUAGGCUUCGAAGUUUCAAUCUAUUAUUUGGAAUUAAUGAUUUAUGUUUUCAGAGAUGAGACGAAACUUGCGAUAUACACAGUAACAAAGAAUUUCCAAAACAAAAUGGCGCUCUACAUUCCCAGUCGGGCAAUCAAAGAUCCGCACUCGCUCGGUCUUCGCAAUAUAUCACUAUUUAAAUCGAAUUCGAAUGCUAAUAAUCAGUACUGUGUAGAUAAUCAAUAAUCAAAAAUAAACACCGAAAAUGAUUUACCAACGAUGCAAACUACGAAGACAAUAAUAGUGGAAGAUGGUAUUUAAAAUCUAUUUUACUUGUGUUUUUUUUUAAACAGAAUAUUUUUGUUCUGACAAAAUGUAUAAAGGUCUAACAUAUGUUUGUAAAGAAAAAUUAGUUUAUACGUCAUAUAUUUGAUAAUCGAUGAGAUGUUUGCUAGAGUUAUAUCCAAUACUUUUGUAUGCAAUGAAGUUUAUUUGUUUCGAAAAGUACACAAGACAAAAGAAAAAAAAUAUUGAAUAAAAAAGUUAAAUCAUGAAUUGGUAGAGAAUAGGUGGACUUAGAGAAAAAGAAACGAACCUAUUAUAUGCUUCUUUUAAACGGAGACAUGAAGAGAUUAUGAUGGAAAUAUUGUAGCUGCUUUGUGGUAAGCACAGAUCACCUAUAUUUAGACGAAUCACCACAAUGUUAUUUGAUCAAUCCAAAUUGAGUCAACUGGGGGUCUCAACAUGAACUAUUAAUAUUACAUAUUUCAUAAAUUACUAGAAAAUUUAAUUUUUUAUGAUGCGUAAUAUAAAUUAUUUGAUGGCUGAUCAUAACGCUACCUCACAUUAAAUUCUCAAAUUGAAGUUGAUAAUAUUAAUAGAUUCGCAAUGUCAUACACAACAUUUAUUGAAAGUCAUUUCAAAAAAUGAACAACAAUAUUUAAUCAUCAAGAAAAACUGUACAAUCCAGUUUUGUGUCAAAUUCACAAAUUUCUCAUCUACAUAAUAUGCCGGCAGAUGCGUCUUGGGCUCUGAAUUACAAUUAGAAGAUUGAUUAACCUUAUGCCAUCUGUGUAGGACAUCUAUAAAAUAGGUGGUUUGUGAUGGCGAAAGCACUAGGUGGUAGCCUCGUGCUUACCAGUAAAAUGCUGCGUUGAACUCGUUGCAUUUCAUUUUUUAACUAGCCUGGAUAGAAUCUUCGGUUUCUUCAUAAACUUACAUAAAUAACAUCAAGAUUUUGUCCAGACAUAGAAAUGGCUUUUUAUAUAUCAGCUUCAAUUUUCGAUAUACAUGUGCACUAGUGGAAAGCAUUACAAAACUGAAUAUAUUCUUUUAAAAGCAAAUAAAAAUGGUCUAUAUAUGAUUUUGUUUAAUAAGUAACUUAAAGCUUCUAAGCUCCACCCCUCAUCUGCUAUCAUAUAACCUUCCAAUCUAACCUUAUAUCGCUCCUCCAAUGCACUAAUUUCUUGGUGGAAUCUUUCUAGUCUAGAGAAAAGUUUUAACGACGAAUUGACAGUUUUAGAAAAAAAAAUUAGAAUUGAUUGCUUUUCAAGGUUAAUUAUUUAAAAAUAAAAUCAACUGAACAAAAUUUUCAAUUUAAUUUUAAUUGAUUAGCAUAAGAGAAUAUCAAAAGAACAAAAAAAAGUUGGCAAAUCGAAAAAGUGACUCCAUCCAACUUGGUAAAAAAGGAACUAUUUCGUAUUUUUUUGUGUUAAAGGUAUUUAUUCAAAUAUAUAGAUUAUUACACUAAUAAUAGUUAUUAUUAUACUUAACAUAACAUAACAUUAUAAUCAAAAUUAAACACUUAUGACUUCUACAAUAGAAGUACAAAAAUAAUUUAAUUUUAAUGAGAGGGAUGUACUUGAUAGAUUGACAGCAAAUUAUCAAUAUUUGGCUUUAUUGUUGUAAAGAAUAACCGCAAAUCUUCGCAAUAAGAAGCUUUUACACAAAUCCUCACAGUCCAGGAUAUUUUUUGGGUAUUUCUACCAGUAGCCGAAAUUUUUUAUAACCUCUUUUAAAUGUCACUUCCAGCUCCUCAUUAAUGCUGAGCUCCAGUAUUUCCUCUUGUCAUAUCACAUUCUCCACUUCCAUUUUAUCAAAUGGAUUUAUGAUCCAUGGUGGUAUUUCCAUCGGCAAAAUAUCUUCAAAUCUGAUUUUAAAAUCAUCAUGCAGUGCAAUCAAAUGUCAAAUCUAUGUCUCAAUGCAUUCUACCUCCUUCAAGUUUGAAAACUGAGAAUAUUCUCAUAGACAAAUAUUUUCCUUCAUAAAUGUCAAUUUACCAAGAAAGCUGAAAUUAUCCUCUUUGCUUUUCUUAAAUUGAGAUUGUUCCCUUAUGAUAGUGAGUGGAGGUCAUUAAUUUUUUUGCACAAAUCUGUCAAAUACGUAUUGUCAAAAAGUAAAAAAAAUCGAUAAACAUUCACCUUUCGAGUACCAGCGUACUUUAGUAUGCAACAGCAAUCGUUGAAAGUCUUCAUCGUUUUCAUCGCACAAUUGUGGAAAUAAGCGCGUAUUCAAUAGAUUGCUUCUUAUUUUGCAUUAAUCACAAAUUAAAACGAUUGGAGCAAUCUAUCACACACAUUUUUCGCUAGUAGAUGUUGUCAGUGGAUAACACAGCUCCUUGACAUUUGGAUUUAUAUUGGUGAAGAAUCAAACAAGUUCAGGCAAGAUUGCAACCACAUAUAACACGUAUAUAUAUAUAUAUAUAUAUAUAUAUAUAUAUAUAUAUAUAUAUAUAUAUAUAUAUAUAUAUAUAUAAGUCGUAUUAAGCUGCACGUUUGAACAAGCGUUGCGGACGGGACGGAGGUUAGCGCAGAAACGGCAUGUCUCGACGCCUUGUAUGAAUAUGUAACGUUCAAGUAAAUGUCGAUGAGCUUCUUAAAAUAUUAUCUGCCGAUAGGAGAAGUGAAGCCAAUAUUUUACCACUGUUUACGAUUUUGGACACCCAUUUUUUGUCACACCCAACGUAGACACUCAUCGAGUCUCCCGUAGACCCCUGUUGGUCCCUGGAUCACUUUGGGAAUCACGGGCUUAGAUUAUAUCGAGGAAAAUUGCUAGAGCAUCUAUUGUUCGAAAUAUUUUAUAGAUUAUUUGAUGGCAUUGAUUGAUAAAUGAAUCUUCAAAACUAAACUAAAUGAAAUUUCUUUUGGUAAUGGACUGAUUUUGUGAAAUAGGUUUUAUAAAAUUAAGAAGAUGUAUGAAGAAGUUAUGAAAUCUUGAACUGAAACGUUUUACUUUAAUUCAUUGAUCUAAGUGUCAAGCUAGGUUACAGUAUCAACCAAUAAAGAGAAUAUUUACUUUUUAAAUUAAUAACCUAUUCACAACAACUUCAUUGGAUACAAAAAUAAAUUGAACUGAAUUCUCAUUCGAUUCAAAAAUAUGGUUUGUAAAUAUUGUAAUAUACAGAACAAACUAAUUAAAAAUAUCAGUCCUAUAAUCAACGUAUUUUAAAUUUUGUAUUUGUUUCACGUGAAAAGAUUUUUCAAAAUAAUUUUUAAAUGUUGUGUUUAAUUAAUUAAUAAUUCAAGCACUAAGCAUUUCUCUAUAAUUAAGAAAAUAUCGUGUGUCUGUGAAUUUAGUUUACGUGGAGUUUGAAUAAGAAGAAAUUGAGUUCUGUUUCAGGAAAUUUAAAAAAUUAAUCUCAUGCUUUUAUAAUGGCAACGUACCAAUUUUUGGAUUGUAUUUUUUCCAUUUUAAUUGUUAUAAUCAAACUAAAUAAGAAAAUAUGAACUUAUUGACCGAUUUCGAUAAUUUUUUAGAAGUGUGGAUUACUGAAAUUCAAUUUUAGCACUUAUUAGGUUUACUAGAUCAAGUCUGGAAAACUGGAGAGUUUCUUUACUUUCAUGCUAUUGAUUAUUCAAUAAUAAACAAAAUUAUGAGAUGUACUAUUGUAUUACAUUUCUCUUUAUUAUAAACUGAAAAAAGCCCCAAAUAUAUAGAUUUUUAAACUUGUAGUCCAUUUCAUUGGGUUCCAAAUCGUUAUUUUUAAUAAAAUUAGAAUCUUUUUUAGACAAUAAGUCUAGUAUGUAGUCUAGACUAGUAAGAACCAUAAUUAAAAAGUAUUUUAAUGAUACUUGAAACCAAAUAAUUAGAAUAGUAUAGUUUCCGUGAGAAUAAAUUCCAAAUUCAAAUUUUGUUUGAAAUUGAAAUUACCAAUGAAAAAGAAUAUUUUUUUAUGCAAUAUUCUCAAAAUUUAUGAAUCAACUAAUUUAAACACUUGGGUGUCAUAUUCAACUCAUUAAUUUCUUAUUCACUCCUAACGUAAUCAUUUUGUCGACACAUUGUAUAUAACGCUACAUACUAAUUAAAUAGCUUUAAUGGAUAUUCGAUAACAAAUUUAAUUGUAAAUAAUUCUAUUUUUGUAUUUCUUAUAAAAGAGACUUCUAAAAUAAUCUAAUAUAACCUUUAACUUUCAGUUUUCUCUGUUUACUUCAACGUGUCUUCCUUGUUUCUCAAAAUUGUUCGUUUCUCAGUAAGCAUCAAGGAAUUUAUUAUAUAUAAUAAUUAUCCUUAUUCUCCCCUUGGAAUAUGUUUAUUGUUCUCAUAAUUGAUUUGUGUUGAUUUCACUGAUUUUAGUGUACAAAGUAUUUCUCUAAUACUUGUAGAAGAUGCUGUUUUAAUUGGCACUGUUUUAUAUAUAUAUAUAUAUAUAUAUAUAUAUAUAUAUAUAUAUAUAUAUAUAUAUAUAUAUAUAUAUAUAUAUAAUUAAACUGUAUAGAUAUAAAAUUUGAUCAUAGAAUAUAAAAAAAAAUAAUUUAGCAAUACAUUCAUUGUCACUGUCACUGCUUGAAAAUAUAUCUUUAUAUUUAUUUUUCACAGUUUUGCAAGUGUUACUAGCAUUUUUUUCUAGAAAUUUGGAAAGCUGAUCUAAGAGAAGUUAAACAUGGAUUUGAAUGGAUAGAGAAGACAAAGAUGCUUAGAAAUAAUCCAAGAUACACUCCGAAUCUGGUCAAAUCAAAAGAAAUAGGAUUUGUACAUGAAAUUACUUUGAUAGCAUGGAAAAAAAGUUCCGAAGCUUACCAAUAGUUUCUUUGAUUUUUUCUUUCCAGACACAUAUACCAAGUUUCAGAACAUAUAUUACAACUAUCAUGCAGCGAUAUCAGACAUCAUUUAUUAUGAAACAUUUUAUUCAUAAGAUAUGAUCAGAAUAAGUUAUUCUAACCUAAAAUCCUUAAAACACCUCUUUUAACAAACUUACUAAUUGAUUACAAUUCUACCUAGAGGUAUCGAUUAAGCUAACUAUUUCAAUAACACUUAUAUAUAUUUUUUUGUAAAAUUUGCUAUUAGAGAAAGUUGAUACGUAAACGACUAAACCAAGGUUAGAAUGAUAUCAUUUAUAUGAUCAGCUGAAGAGAAAUUUUUUCCAAUUAUUCAAGAGAUGCUUUGUACAAUAUAAUUAGUUAAGAGACUUGAAGAGUCUUCCAAUCAUACAUCUUUAAAGACCACAAUAAAUCACACGAAUUCAAAAAUGUCUAAACUACUCCAAGUCCCUAUUCAUAAACUUGACGUUGCUGCCGUUAUCCUAAAAAUUAUUCAUAAUAUUUUUUUGUUUUUGUUUGGUAUUUAUGGACGAUAUUAUGGAGAAUAACGGAGAGUUUCUUCAUUUUGUUUUUCUAUUUCUAUUUUUUCCUUUUUUUUUCUAUUGCUACGAAACUUGCUACGAACGGCCGAAGGAAAAAAAUAAAAUUUUAAUGUUGAGAGUUACAAACGGCAGACGAAGAUGUCAAACGGAAACUAUGAAUGCUUUUACGCAUUUUAAAGUUUUUAAUUUUGUAACAACAAACGUCAACGGCAAACGUAAAGUUGAGUUUAUGGAUCGGCCUUUACAGCGUAUGAAAUAGAAUAAUACAACUUUCUAAAUAAAAAUAUUAAUUUUUUUACUGCAAUUCAUAUGUGGAAAAAAUGGUUUCGAAUACAAUUUAUUCUCUAUUAAAAGUAAUUUCACAGUAACUAUAUCGAAAAAAAUACAUCUUCCACUAUAAAAUGUUGGAAAAGUCUAACGAUUAUGUCUUCGUCGAUUGCUUCAUAACUUGUAUCAGAGUAAACAUGUGUAUGUUAAUGUUAUGGCUGUUUCUUUUUUUUGCGUCGGCUGCAAGAUAGAGAGAGACAGUAUUGAUGUGUAAGAAUAUAGUUUUUAUUUCUGAUGGAUGCAACUAGAAAAAUUAAACAAAAUUUCCAAGGUAAAAAUUAUAGCUCAAUCCAUUUAUCAAUUUGAAAUAUAUUAGAAAGUUUGAUAAUUGAUACAGUCUGUUAUCAUUAACGUUUACUAGAACUAACAUUGAAUUAUGUUUAUAAUCGUUAAACUACAUUCAACUUAACCAGGUCAAUUAGACACUUCCUACUGGACCUUGAAUCAAUAGAUUACGCUGGUCUACAAAAAAAGUUGUAUCAUAAUCCGCUCUCAAAAAGUUGCAGUAUAACAAAAGCCUAGAUUAAAUAGAAAAGUAUAAGAAUUUUAAAACUUCACUCUUGAUUUGUCAAAUCAAAUUUCCAUUCAAGUCUUUCGAACUAAUAUAACUUCUGCUAUAUCUAUAAAGAUAAGAUAAAAGCUAUUUUAUGGUUAGAUUAUUAAUCUAUCGUUGAAUGACUUACUGGAGCUCUAGGUCUAGUGAGGUAUCAGUAUCUUAUUGCUAGAUUGAUUAGAUUCAGUGAAUAUACAGUAUUGGUUUAUUUUUUCGAACUUGCGUACACGCUAGAUGGAAAUGAUUUAAGUAAUCGUUCUGAAAAUUAGUAGUUGCCUUCUUUAUAGUAUUGUGCUGUAUAUGAAUCAGAUAUCGGAAUAUUAUUUUUCGUUUGACUCGUGUAAAAAAUUCAAUUUAUCUUUUUCUCUCCGAUUUCAGAUAAAAAAUGUAUAUGGGGUCGCUGAUACCAUCGGCUUUUUUUCAAAGAACUUCAAAAACUUUAAAGUGAAUACCUAAAUUUAUCAUACAAAUAAAUUAUAUUUUUUACUAUAUAAAAUUCAUGAAAAUCAUCGUGUGUCUUAAGUUUUGUUGAGUUAAAAUUAAACUAAGGCUCAAUGAUGGCAAGCUGUUUCAAUCGUGAAAUUCAAAUUGAGUUCUUUACAAAUUAUCCAUUCAAAACUAUCUAUUUUAUCGUUGAUAUAUUUCAUUCUAUUUUGUUAUGAAAAACGUUGGAGAAGUUGAGUAUGAAUUGCAUCUAUAAACAUGAAACAUUUGCAUGAAACGCUCUUUUAUAUGAAAUUUAUUGAAAAUUCUAAUUGCAGCAUAAUAAGCAGAAACAUUAAUAAUAAAUUCUAUAGUUAUAAUGUUUUAUAAAUCUAUACUUAAUUAUCAAAAUUGUACUGAAGAAUUCUACUCAUAAGAAACAUUAAAAAGUAUUUAACAUCGAAUUUAUUUGUAGAUAUAUUAAAUAAAUAUCGGAAUGGCGAGACAAAUAACAGGGUUUAAAAUAACUAAUUUCGCAGUAUUGAGCAAAUAUCAUAACGUAACAGUAUUUUUGGAAGUAAAAAACUCAAGAUUUUCAUUAAAGUGAUCAGAAUAAAAAUUCUUCUUACACGUUAACAGAGAAAACAUUUCCUGUCCAUCUCUCACUUCUUGAAGUCAACAUCCCAAUCGAGUGUCUAAAAACAGACACCGCUCAUUGUCAUUUUUUUGUGAGUCAGUAUGAAUCUAGUCAUGUUUGUUACUAUUUAAAAUAUUUUAUAAAUGUUGAUUAAUAUACGACAUUCCUAUUUCAA